AUGUGGAAGAAAAUGUCUAUAUUUUGGGAGCUACCCUACUGGCACAUCCUAGAGACCCGCCAGGCAUUCGAAAAGUUCAAACAAGACAUGACAGAUCGGCAGCGUGAAGUUAAGCUGCCCUCGGACUAUGACCGCGCGAUCAAAAAGGCAUAUGAGAAGAUGACAAUGCCGCACAGGACGCCUCAGCGAGGGAGGCGUCCUGUACCAAAAAAGCCGACAGAGAAAGGGAAAUCAAUUGCUCAGUUGGGAGAACAAAAGAAACAAAACAUCUCCCCGCUCAAGGUGGGUACGAGCAGAAAUGACCCAGGCCACUACGAUGCCCAAGCGCUGAUGGAUAUAAUUGAGAAAACAGGCAUGUCCCUUGAGCAGAUCCAAGAUGAAGACAAUUUUCCGAGGGCAAAAGUAGAUGUACCCUAUAUUCCCGGAGCAGCGCUUCUAGAGCCUGAGCAUAUGCUGACAAAAAUGGCCCGAUUGAACAGGUGGUACAUGAAUGCAUAUGACUCUGGAGUCAUCGGCCUGAAGGCAAAGGUCAGAAACCAUUACUUCCGGGGUCCUGAGCUCAUACACAUUGAGUACUCGGAAUUGUGGCAAAUGUUCCAUCAAGAUGCCCUUGACAAAUCUCUCAUGAGCUGCUGGUGUCUAAAGAUGCUUCAAGCACAGAGCCGUGGUAAAAUCCCGAAGAACAAAUUUGGUGUCAUUGAUCCAUACACCGUAACUGGCAACUACGUAAAACAAUAUGAAAAAGACACGGAGGAAAACAUCUAUAGCUUCCACUGGAUAUUUUUGGAUAUCGACAUGAAAACAAGCACGGUGUAUAUUUUUGACUCAAGGCGGUAUCCAGAGAAGGACUACGAAGAUAUGAUACACAUGCUGAAGAAAAUUGCUGAGACGUUCCCGCUGAAGAGUGGAUUCAAGUACAUGGAAUACAUGCUGGACCAUAUCCUACAAGAGGAUCGCAUCAAAGCAAUUAUCGAAGAGCUGUCUGGAUUUCUUCUUGACGAGGUUAUUGAUCCGAAGGGAGAAUUCCAUGAUGAUGACUGUGACAUCCCAGAAAAUUCACCGAAAUAA